AUGGAAAGUAAAGAGACAUAUUAUGAAAUUUUAGGCAUUGAGACCGAUGCCUCAGAAGACGACAUUCGCAAAGCUUACAGAAAGCAAGCCUUAUUAUGGCACCCUGACAAGAACGUCCAGAGAAAAGAAGAAUCCGAGGCAAAAUUUAAAAAGAUCGCUGAAGCAUAUGAGGUUUUGAGUGACACCAAUAAAAAACAAAUUUACGAUCGAUACGGUGAAGAAGGACUUAAAAAUGGCGGACCUAACGAUGAUGAAAGAAAUCAUUAUAGACCCAACUAUCAUCAGUUUCAGUUUCAUGAUCCUGAGGAAAUAUUUAGGUCAUUCUUUGGUGGAUCAUUUUCUGAAGUAUUUGGUAGUUCAUUCUUUGAUACUGGUUUUAAUCAACCCCCAUUCGGCAUGCCUUCGUUUGGUGCGGGAAUACAUCGUUCAACCGCCUUAAAUGAUCCUUUUCCUAGUCCAUUCGGUAAUAGUUUAUUUGGAAAUUUUGGAAAUAUGGGACUACCAAUGGCGACAUCAUCAUUUUCUUCGUCAUUCUCUUCAAAUUCAUUUUCCGGAGGAAGUCAAGGUGGAUUUGUAAAGAAAUCCACAACCACACAAUUCAUUAAUGGUGUCAUGAAAACUGUCACUACAACGGAGGAUGCACAGGGAAAUGUGACAGUUGUCACGGAAACUUCUGAUGGUCGACGCCAAAUUCUCAACUCACGGUCGAGUGAUGCACCGCAUAAUGUAAAUCACGAAAUUCAGGGGAUACCCAUUCAGAAUGAAGGACUAUCUCAGCCACGCCAAAAUCAAUUCCAAGGUCAAACCCCACCAUAUCAACAACAGUUUCAGCAAUUCCAAAGCGACAGGCAUUCAUCAAGUGAUCAUCAUAAACAUGGAUUCUUUCAUCGAAAGAGAUAA